UACAAACUGCGGCUCUUGCGGGGCGAUUUGGGAUUGUUUUUCAGCGAAAUAUUCACAGAAAAAUGGAUUCCGAAGACGCGGCGCAGACGAUUUACGACUCGGCGUCGUCACUGGUCGAAGGCUGCCGGUUGCCGGUGCGGAUGAGCGGAACGAACGAUUGGCCAUUAGCGGAAAUAAUAAGCAUACGGGAGGGCUCGGACAAGAAAUGCUAUUACUACGUACAUUAUGUAGACUUUAACAAACGGUUAGACGAGUGGGUGACGGAAGAGUAUCUCGAUAUGCGGAAGGUGCAGUUCCCACGCAAAGACGGAAUGACGACCGGACAGAAUACGGGCGUCACGACACCGAAACGAUUACCACCCGCCCUCAGUCUGUCCCGUCCGCCCAGCCCGGUGCAAACGCCCGAGAUCGUGAAUGUGAACGGUGGCGCGGUGCUCGAGGCUGCGCUGCAGAAAAAGAUUAGCCGCAAGCGGAAAGCGGUUUCCACCGAAAACGAAGACUCCGAGGACGUACCGUUGACGCCGACGCCCCGCCAAUCGGGCAGUAUGGUGGCGCACCACGACGACGUAGUGACGCGCAUGAAGAACGUGCAGCUGAUCGAGCUCGGGCGGCACCGGAUCAAACCGUGGUACUUUGCACCGUACCCGCAGGAGAUGUGCACGAUGUCGUGCAUCUACAUCUGCGAGUUCUGCCUCAAGUACCGCAAGAGCCGUAAGUGUUUGGAGCGCCACACGAAAAAGUGCAACCUGCGGCACCCACCCGGCAACGAGAUCUACCGGAAGAGCACGAUCAGCUUCUUCGAGAUCGACGGGCGGAAGAACAAAAGUUACGCCCAAAACCUCUGCCUGCUCGCGAAGCUGUUCCUCGACCACAAAACGCUGUACUACGACACGGACCCGUUUCUGUUCUACGUGAUGACGGAGUACGACGCGAGCGGGUUCCACAUUGUCGGGUACUUUUCGAAGGAGAAGGAAAGCACCGAAGACUACAACGUGGCGUGUAUACUGACGAUUCCACCGUACCAGCGCAAGGGCUACGGAAAGCUACUGAUAGAAUUUAGUUACGAAUUAUCGAAAUUCGAGGGUAAAACGGGUUCACCGGAGAAGCCACUGUCCGACUUAGGGUUACUGUCGUACCGCAGCUACUGGGCGCAGACGAUACUAGAAAUACUAAUUCUCCAGAAACCGACCGGAGACAACGAAAAGCCACAAAUCACGAUAAACGAGAUCUGUGAGCUCACCAGUAUAAAGAAGGAGGACGUCAUCUCGACGCUGCAGAUACUGAAUCUAAUCAACUACUACAAGGGCCAGUACAUCAUCUGCAUCAACAAGGAGACGAUCGAUCAGCAUAAGAAGGCCAUGGACAAGCGAAAGAUUCGCAUCGACUCCAAGUGUCUCCACUGGACACCGAAGGACUGGUCGAAGCGAUCGAAGUGGUAAUACCCGAUCGCGGUCGUCGUUGUGUUGAAUCUGCCAAUCAAUCGUCUCGCAGACGAUGCUCUUAGUUACAGAUCUCCUUUCUUGCAUGUGCGCGUGUAUUUGUAUGUGUGCUGGCGGGCGUCCGUGCGAGACCGCCUGUAUGUAGGUGUGCGUUUGUGUGUGUAUGUGCGGGAGGGGCGCAUGUUCCGGAAGAGAACACGCAGGGGGUCAAUCAAUCGUGAAGGGAGGUUUCGCAAAGCGUGCGAGACGCGUGUGGGGCACCUCUCGUUUUAAAAGGGAGACAUUGUGUGGUCCAUGGCCACGAAUGGGGUAGGAAAAUAGACACAAAAAACGGGCGUACGAUGUGGUGGGCGCGCGAAAUGGUAUUGAUAUUCCAUUUUAUUAUUUUCUAUUUUGUAUUAUUAUUUGAAUGUACCACGAGCGACAAAGAAAUACAUGGCGCCACCGCGCGAAGAGGUUGGCGUGAGAAGAA